ACAAAAAUAUUAUACAGCAUUAAAUAGAGUAUAUUAAAAUAUUACCAAUGAUAGUCAAAUUUAUAAUUAUGGUUUCUUUCAGAAUGGCUAAUAAAUUUAAAUACUCUGAAGAACAAAUGCGAUGGGCUUUGGAAGAUGUAACUUCUAAAUUAUUAUCUUUAAAUAAAGCUUCAGUUAAAUAUAACAUACCCAAAUCAACUUUAUCUAUGAAAUUAUCAGGAAAGACUCCUUUAAUUAGAAAAAUGGGCCCUUGUUCGUUUUUGAGUGAUGAAGUAGAAAACCGAAUAAAAGCUUGGAUUUUAAAUAAUGCUACACUUGGUUUUCCUUUAAAAGAAGAAGACGUUAAAGACUCUGUUCAAAAAGUGAUCAAAAAUUUUCCCAGGACUACACCGUUCAAAGAUUUCAGACCUGGAGAAAAGUGGAUGAAAUUAUUUUUAAAAAGAAACUCAGAAAUUACCAAAAGAAACACUGAAGUAAUUUCCAAAGCUCGGGCAGCAGUAACUGAAGAAAAAAUUCGGGAUUGGUUUCAAGAGUUAGAUAAUUUUCUUAUAAACGAAGGUUGUCGGGAUGUCUUAGAUGAUCCAAGUAGGAUAUUCAAUUGUGACGAAACCGGUUUGCAAACUUGUCCUAAAUCUGGCAGAGUAUUAGGUCCAAGGCAUAUUAAGGACUUUUAUGAAAUCGCACAAGGACACGAAAAAGAAUGCAUAACCGUAUUAUGUACUUAUUCUGCAGAUGGUACUGUUCCACCACUUAUGGUAGUUUACCCAUACAAGAGAAUCCCCACUUCAUUAAUGACAACAUUUCCUAAUAAUUGGAUGAUUGGAAGGUCAGAUUCUGGAUGGAUGGUCAGUGGUACUUUUUUUGAAUUUAUUUCAAAUGGUUUCUUUACAUGGUUAGUUAACAAUAAAGUAAAAUUUCCUGUGAUACUAUUUGUUGAUGGCCACAAAAGCCAUUUAAGUCUGGAAUUGGCAGAUUUUUGUGCUCAAAAUCAGAUUAUUAUAUAUUGUCUUCCUCCAAAUAGUACAUAUAUAAUGCAACCAUGUGAUGUAGCCAUUUUUAAGCCUCUAAAAGCAAGCUGGAAAAAUGUUGUUGCAAAAAAUAAAAGGUCUGAAGCGUUUGACUCUGUACAAACAAGUUCAAUUGUGAAUGGUUUUAGAAAGUGUGGAUUAUAUCCUUUUAACCCCAAUGCCGUUGAUUUUUCCAAAUGUAUUUCAUAUCGAAGAAAUAUACUGUUUCCAACUACAAAUAAUGAUUCGAGCUUACAAAUUCCUGUUAAAACUUCAUCAGAAGAAUAUAAAGCUGCAUUAAAAGUGUUUGAAAGUUAUAUUGGGAGAGCAAAUACUGAAAUAUUUGAAAAAAAAUUGCAAGACCCUCUUCUUGAAGCUGAAAAAUCGCCAUCCUUAUUUGAUUUUUGGGUUAAAACUAAAAAAAAAUACUGA